UUUCAUGCAGACUUGAUUGAGAAAUAAAGUUAAAAACGAAAAAAACUACUUUCUCUGUUUAUCUGCAAUUUUUCACGCUUGCGAAGGGACUUAAAAAAAAAAAAAAAAAAACAAACGAAAAAACGAACGAACAUUUCAUGUACAAAGAGGGAAACUCCCAAGAGAAGGCAUAAAUACAAAACGCAAGCAAACGUUCGCUGCUGCUAUAUAAAUAUUACUCCUUUUCAUACGUACAUCGACGUGGAACCUUCGUUGACGCGCUUUUCACCGCUCGCUUUGCCUCGUUUUUCCACACUUGGCCAACUGGCAUAAGAAGUGAACACAAUCGCGUGUGCACAUAUUUCACGUAAGCGGACGUAAGCUUUCCCCCCGGCGAACAAACCUUCGCGGAACCCCUGUUUUGAGGAAACCAUGGCAACAUCCGAAGAUUUAAAGCAGCUGAGGUCCGACUGUACCUACCGGUCCAAGUUGGCCGAGCAGGCGGAGAGAUAUGACGAAAUGGCCGACGCGAUGAGAACCCUAGUUGAGCAGUGCGUGAACAACGACAAGGACGAGUUGACCGUCGAGGAGAGGAACCUGCUGUCCGUUGCGUACAAAAACGCCGUCGGCGCGAGAAGAGCCUCGUGGAGAAUAAUUUCCAGCGUUGAGCAAAAAGAAAUGAGCAAGGCGAACGUGCACAACAAGAACAUCGCGGCCACGUACAGGAAGAAAGUGGAAGAGGAGCUAAAUAACAUAUGCCAGGACAUCCUGAACCUCCUCACGAAGAAGCUAAUACCCAAUACGUCCGAAAGCGAAAGCAAAGUGUUUUACUACAAAAUGAAGGGAGAUUACUACAGAUACAUUAGUGAGUUCUCUUGCGAUGAAGGAAAGAAGGAAGCAUCUAACUUUGCACAGGAGGCUUACCAGAAGGCAACAGACAUUGCAGAAAAUGAACUUCCAUCGACGCACCCCAUACGUUUAGGACUUGCUUUAAAUUACUCAGUUUUCUUUUAUGAGAUUUUAAACCAACCCCACCAGGCAUGUGAAAUGGCCAAGCGUGCCUUCGACGAUGCCAUCACCGAGUUUGACAACGUGAGCGAGGACUCGUACAAGGACUCCACGCUGAUUAUGCAGCUGCUGCGGGACAACUUGACCUUGUGGACGUCGGAUUUGCAGGGAGACCAGACGGAAGGUACGCGCGGAGGGGGAGCCUAA